ACCACUGACUUACUGACUUCCGUUUUGGACUGGCUUGGCUUGGGUGCGAACCACGUGUGCGUGUGGUGAAAAUACUAACUUUGUUGUUGUAUUAGUCAAAGCUUUAACGCGUGUGGGGAAAAUACUUCUGUUUAGUGAAGUUGUUUUUAUUGUAACUAUGAAUCCGCAAGUAGACAUCCAUCCCGCUGCCGAAAUGUAUCCGAGUCGACAGAUAAACGGGUGCCGAAUAUACGGACCACAUGUGGCUUUCCAAACUUUCACUCCUCCGCAGGGGUCCGAAGUGUUCCUAGCAGGAAUACCACCCAACUUUUCACACUGGGAACUAUUAAAGAUAUGCCAAAAAGGGGGUGUAGUAUUUAAGCUCCGCGUAAUGGUCACCCGUACGAAUGAUAACAAGGGCUAUGCCUUCGUGAGUUAUUUAGAUCCAGAGUGUGCUGCCCGGGCCAAACCUAUCUUAAACGGCUACCACCUCAUCAAAGAUGGGAAGUUCCUUGGACACCUUCGGGCUACUGAUUCAAACGACCACAGGACCUUGAUGUUGUUAGGAUGUUCCACAAACGUCACAACGGAAGAGGUGGAAGAUCUUUUCCGCAAACUUACAACUGAUUUGGUGUCUGUCUCAAGAAACUUUGAGAUGGGCCAGGCAAGGCCAGUGUUCUUCUUGACUUUUGGUUCAAACCGGAGUGCCACACUUGUGAAGAAGAUCGAUCUUGUGACACCCCCUCUUUGGGGUCAUUUCAUCAGUCUCAGUUGGCAGCCUUAUUCUAAUGAGGACAAAGUAUGUCAGUGCCUCCGGUUGAAACGUGAGCAACAGUUCUUUCGUCAAAUGCUGCUGGAGUUACCGGUGUUGCAACAAGAUCCAGCCAACCCUGUUGGCAAUGAAGAGAAAUCAACCUGUGAAAAAACCCUUCUGAAUCCCCCAGUCGGAGGUCCGCAGGGAAAUUCCUGUAGCUUGGAGAAAUCUCUCGGACUUGCCAUGCAGUCUUUAGCCACGCUGGGUCCGAUAUCAGAUGAGAAUCCACUGCCUGGACAAUCCGCCUCUUCUCUGCAAGGAGGACCAGUCCGUGAAGGAUUGGGUGACAUCUUGCCAACUGAACAAAAAGGGAUGAGAUUCUAAAAGUUCCUGUCAUGGUGAAUUUUGAACUACGUAGAUAAACAGGCCUAUAUAUUCAAUAUUUUAAAUUUUUAGAGCAACUAAAUAUAGUCUAGAAUUUUCAGAAGUGUGAGAAUUAAUGCUCUGCAAUUUGACAGAUUGUGAAAUGAAGUUAUAAACGUAAUUAUUUUAUUUAUUUGAUUAUUUUAAGCUUGUACUCUUUUCAAGUACUGUAUGUAUUUUAUGUUUAUUGUAUUCUCUGAUCUAUAUUUUAAUUCUUUUAACCAUUAUAAUCCAUGUAUUCUUUUAACUUUUAACAUAUUUUUAAUAAAAGUGAUCUUUACCAAAUUGAUAGUGUCCAAAUAUAUUUUUA